AUGAGGGCCACAGGCAACGAGUUUCCAAUGCCAUGGCCUGCCCUUUCGCAGUUCUGGGGAUCGAGGACCUUGACGCGCCAGCCUCUGUCAUCGAGAGCGCUUUUCGAAAGCGCAGCCUUGUUUGCCACCCGGACAAGAAGCCCGGCGAUCCUGCGGCAAAGUCGCAAUUUGAGGAGCUUUCUGCUGCCAAGGAGAGACUUUGCUGGAUCCUGCAAAGCGCGCAGCUGCCUUGACGGCAGCCAGAGUGUCGACUGCGCGGAGGGCCUGCAAGGGCACCUUCACCAGAUUCGCACAAUGCAGAGCUGCUGCACGCCGCGCCUCAGGCGUGGGGCAGCCAAAGAAAGCCACGGCUGCGCCGAAUGCCACGGCUGCGCCGAAUGCAGCGAUGGAGAGACACCACCACCUCCGGCAGGCGGCGUGGAUCCUGAGACGAAAACAGCAGCUGGGAUCUUUUUCCGGCAUUUGGAGCGGCAGCGGGAGAAGAAGGAUGGUCCACGGGAAUAUCUUUUGCCGAGAUUUCGCAGCAGAGCACAGGAGGCUGAUGGCGUCCGGCAAGCGCCCAGGAAAGCUGGCACCAAGCCGAAGCGCAGUGGAGUACAGGAUGGCGCUGGGGUGUGUGGCAAGGUGAAGAAUCUUUCAGAUGUGGUUCAUUCAGCUCCGCCUCCGCCUUCAUGGGUGUCAGGUGAGCCGUCAAGAGCGCAGCGGCGAGAUGCAAGCGACGCAACCCAGGCAGAUGGUAUCGAGGUGCCACGUGCGCAGCCGGAGUCAAAGCCGCGCCCGGACAAUGCUGCGAAGCCGCCGCCUUUGCCAUUGCUUCUGCCCUGGACGGUGGACCGACCCACGCUGGUGGCGGCCAUUUCAGAAGUCACUGGGGCACCAAAACCAGACUCGCGCGUGCUGGCACGCGUGGUGGAGGUCUUGCGACAGCGAGGGGGGCAGGCGCCAGUGUCGGUGCUGACGCGCAACCCGCUGCAGCUGCAAAGCGUCCUGGCCCGAAAUGCAAGGCUCUUGGAUGUGUAUAUGCCGGGCAAAUACAGCGGCAACGUGACGCAGGCCCACGUGCGCCUCCGGGGCCCUGAGCUGCACCGCGCUGCCGAGCGGCAUGCGCAGCGGCAGGCCUCCCAGGCAACAGAGCAGGACACGCCUGCUGCAGCACAGCUCAAGCGGCUGAAGAAGUGCUACAAGGUACAGAAGGUGAAGAAGCCCGCAAGCUGUGCAGCUCUUUUGCGAAGACACGUUCGUCCAGGUGGUAGGCCUUGUGUGGACUUGCGGCUGGGCGGCGUGGUCGAUAUCGACUCCUCCGAUGAGAGCUGUUGUCCAGUGGACGCCGCUCGAGAGACAGCGCCGCCUCAAAAGAGGAAAGCGCCCCCUCCUCGCAAGAGGAGAGUGCGGAAAUCGUCUGAGAUUCCCAAGCCAGAUUCGCACCAAAGCAACACGGCUGCUUCAAUGUUGCAAACGCGGUUUGCAUCGAUUUGCAUGAAGUGUCACCUUGAAUCAAGGAAGGACAGUAGUGUCAGAUUUGCUGCUGGUUGCCAGACUCAAGGCAGCUUUGAUCAAAAUGUGUUCGUGGAGCCAUCAGAGCCUGCCAAAGAAAACACAGUGAGUGAAGCGCAAUGUGGCGGAGCAGAAGAUCCAACGGCGGCCAAAGAUCGGCUGCUGCACCGUGCUUACGCCCACGCCGUGGGCAGGUGGCAGGCUACACCGCCAGCCGUUGGAAGGCGCUACUUCCUCCUGCUGCCAGCUGGCAAUUUGGGUGCUUUGCGGCCUGGGCAUCCCGCUAUUCUGUACUCCUUCGAUCCUGCUUCCAAGGUACUGUAUGAGUUUGUGCCCAGCCACGGUGGCGAGGACCGGUGUGUGGUUGCCUGGUCGCCCUCCUGUCCCGAAGUGAAUGCGCUGCUUUGGACGGUUCUGCCACUGCCGCCGGAACAUCUUGAAGUUGAGGCGGCUGCUGCGUCACCGGAGACCUCCCCGCUCUCCGAAUCAGCGGACGAGGAUAGUCCUGCUGAUGUCAUCGAGAUGAGCUGA